AUGGAGGAGAUUGACCGCAACAUCCGCACGACACACAUUCAGCUUGAGUUCUGCGUGGAGACGUUUGACCCGAACGCGAAGAGGCAUGCCGACAUGAAGAAGGAGCUGUACAAGCUGCGCCAGGGUGUGGAGGAGGAACUGGCGAUGCUGAAGGAGAAGCAGGCGAAGGCGCUGGAGGACUUCAGGGAGUCGGAGGAGGCGCUGGACGCUGCUGGCAUCGAGUUCAACCACCCCGUGGACGAGAACAACGAGGAGGUGCUGACGCGGCGCAGCAAGAUGGUGGAGUACCGCUCGCACUUGUCGAAGCAGGAGGAGGUGAAGAUUGCCGCGGAGCGCGAGGAGAUCAAGCGGGCACGGCUCUUGCGCACCGGUGGGGGUGGCAGUGGGGAGCAGCCUCGCAUCGGGCACAAUACCGCUCCUGCGCGUCUUGAGUGA